AUGUCGCGGCCAAAAGUUCUCUUUUAUAAUUCAAAAUCAUACGAUGUAGCAACAUUUCGUAGAGCGAGAGAAAAGUUCAAUGCGUACGACAAACUUCAUUUCACCUUUCUUCAAAGUAAAUUUAAUGAAGAAACAGCGAGUGAAGCUGCAGGAUGCGCUGGCAUUUGCAUAUUUUCUAAUGAAACUCUAAGCGAUUCACUUCUGGAAACAAUACAUAAACACGCUAGUUCGGUGAAAUUCAUAGCUGUACGUACACUCGGUUAUAAUGAUACUCACAAAGAAGCAAUGGAAAAAUAUGGAAUUAAAGUUGUUGGUGUUCCAAGUUAUUCACCAUAUGCAGUUGCUGAACAUUCAAUUGCACUUCUACUAUCACUCAAUCGUAAUAUGCAUCAUGCUUUCUUUCGUACGAAACAACACAAUUUUAGUCUUGACGGCUUAGUCGGUAUCGAUCUCUUUGGAAAAACAGUGGGCAUCAUUGGAACUGGUGCCAUUGGCAUGUGUGCUGUUAAAAUAUUUUUAGGUUUUGGAUGUAAAGUCAUUGCUUAUGAUAUUAAACCUGAUGAACAAGCUGCGAAAGAGAAAGGUUUCGUGUACAAAUCUUUGGAUGAAUUACUUCAGGAGAGUGAUGUCGUCUCACUCUAUGCACCAUUGAAUAAAUCGACGCAUCAUUUAAUUGAUAGUGUUGCAUUGAACAAGAUGAAACAAGGCGCUAUGUUGAUCAAUACAAGUAGUGGUGGUUUAGUCGAUGCUGAAGCAUUAGUUAAUUGUCUUAAAGCGAGCAAAUUACGAGGAGCUGCAUUGGAUGUUUAUGAAAACGAAAAAGAUUAUUUUUACAAGGAUUACAGUCAACGGGUUAUGAAUGAUGAUACAUUGGCACGUUUAAUUUCAAUGCCCAAUACUAUUGUUACAUCGCAUCAAGCGUUUCUUACUGAAGAAGCACUUAAAAAUAUAGCGGAAUCAUUAGUACAAAAGUUACUUGAAUUUUUCUGUGCAAGUUCAGAAGUCAAACCAUCAUCAUAA